AUGAUAGGGCAUAUAGCACCACUGAGAACAUAUCUAGGUCGGUUGCGCACACGGGUGCAGUCCAGGAUGGUUCAUCACAAGGUCACAAUUAUAGGCUCUGGUCCAGCUGCUCACACAGCGGCCAUCUACUUGGCAAGAGCGGAAAUGAAGCCGACGUUAUACGAAGGGAUGAUGGCCAAUGGCGUUGCGGCCGGUGGCCAGUUGACCACUACCACGGAAAUUGAGAACUUCCCAGGGUUUCCAGAGGCGUUGACCGGCAGCGAGUUGAUGGAAAGAAUGAGGCAACAAUCUGCCAGGUUCGGAACAAACAUAAUCACAGAGACCGUCUCUAAAGUCGAUCUGUCCUCUAAGCCAUUUAAGUUGUGGGUUGAAUUCAGUGAAGACGCUGACCCCGUGACCACGGACGCUAUAAUUUUGGCCACUGGUGCUUCUGCCAAAAGGAUGAAUCUACCGGGGGAAGAGACCUACUGGCAAAAGGGUAUAUCUGCAUGUGCUGUGUGUGAUGGCGCGGUUCCAAUCUUCAGAAACAAGCCACUGGCUGUUAUUGGUGGUGGCGAUUCUGCGUGCGAAGAGGCUGAAUUUCUAACCAAGUAUGGUUCGAAGGUAUACAUUUUGGUUAGAAAGGACCAUUUCCGUGCAUCCGUAAUCAUGCAAAGAAGAAUCGAAAAAAACUCAAAGAUAAUUGUUUUGUUUAACACGGUCGCAUUGGAAGCCAAAGGUGAUGGCAAGCUACURGACGUGUUGAGGAUCAAGAACAUCAAGACUGGUGUGGAAAAUGAUUUGGAGGUGAACGGGCUGUUCUAUGCAAUCGGCCACAACCCUGCCACAGAAAUCGUCAAUGGGCAAGUGGACAAACAGGAAACAGGGUACAUUAAAACUGUGCCCGGAUCAUCUCUAACUUCUGUGCCAGGGUUUUUUGCCGCCGGGGACGUUCAAGACUCUAGAUAUAGACAAGCUGUUACCUCUGCUGGAUCUGGAUGUAUUGCUGCUCUGGAUGCAGAGCGGUACUUGAGUACCCAAGAAUAA